UUAAACACACACAUGAGAAUCCACACAGGAGAGAAAUCUUUCUGCUGUGAACUAUGUGGACAUAGAUUUAGCCAAAAAUCUACUUUAAACACACACAUGAGAAUCCACACAGGAGAGAAAUCUUUCUGCUGUGAACUAUGUGGACAAAGAUUUAGCCGAAAAUCAACUUUAAACACACACAUGAGAAUCCACACAGGAGAGAAAUCUUUCUGCUGUGAACUAUGUGGACAUAGAUUUAGCCAAAAAUCUACUUUAAACACACACAUGAGAAUCCACAAAGGAGAGAAAUCUUUCUGCUGUGAACUAUGUGGACAAAGAUUUAGCCGAAAAUCAACUUUAAACACACACAUGAGAAUCCACACAGGAGAGAAAUCUUUCUGCUGUGAACUAUGUGGACAAAGAUUUAGCCAUAAAUCAACUUUAAACACACACAUGAGAAUCCACACAGAAGAGAAGCCUUUCUGCUGUGAACUAUGUGGACAAAGAUUUAGCCAAAAAUCACAUUUAAACACACACAUGAGAAUCCACACAGGAGAGAAAUCUUUCUGCUGUGAACUAUGUGGACAUAGAUUUAGCCAAAAAUCUACUUUAAACACACACAUGAGAAUCCACACAGGAGAGAAAUCUUUCUGCUGUGAACUAUGUGGACAAAGAUUUAGCCGAAAAUCAACUUUAAACACACACAUGAGAAUCCACACAGAAGAGAAGCCUUUCUGCUGUGAACUAUGUGGACAAAGAUUUAGGGAAAAAUCUACUUUAAACAAACACAUGAUAAUCCACACAGGUGAGAAGCCUUUCUGCUGUGAACUA